ACGUGUCGGGAUCUGGCUCCAGAGCUCGGACCCCAGGGCACCGGACAGAUGAAGAGGCGCGGGUAGUGAGGGAAGCUGUGAGAAGAUGGGCAGUGAGGAUUAUGCGCACGCGCAAUAGCAGGUCUCGUCACGGCUGCGGCAACAUCCACAUAUGUCGUCGCACAGGGGAGGCCGUAGCGCCGAAGCGGGACCCUGCCAAAGAUGGCGCACGGACCCAUUAUCACCACAGGCUGCGGGAGGAGCGAGCGAGCUGCUCACUGUGUUACCACCACAGCUUUUGUGGUAGAAGUCCGGAAACACCCAAAAUACACUGUAACAACGUAUCACUAUCUCAUGUCAUCACUGGUAUCAUAUCCCCGAAGCAAGCGUGGCCGGGAUUUCCACAUUGAAUCCCCAGAGCAUUCCAUCAAGGGCUCGCAAUGCCAUCCGAUAUACCAUCAGUACUGACAAAUAACGCCUGGAUAGAGAGCUCUUCGAUGACUUCUUUGCUGUAAGUUUCCAUAUUUAA